GAGCAAUUUUGCGCCUUUGGCAAGGCCGCGGCGUCCGAGCGCGAACGCCGCACACAUCGCGUAGUUGCAUUAUCAGUACGGCUAGAACAAGCCCUUAACGCGCUCUGGCCGAUCUGUGCUGCGCCCGCUCCAGAUUUGGAAGCGCUCUCCUCCAAGCCUGCCCAACACGCCGCCGCCGCCGCGAGCAGAGAUGAGCGCCGAAGAAGCCCUGACCGCGCGCUUGGCGGACCUGGAAUCGGACAGCUUCCAGCUCAAGCUGAGGAACUAUUAUUUAGAAAGACGCGUCUCGAAGGAACUCGGAGGCGAGCGCCGCGGAGAAACGGCACUUCGAGGAUUGCUGGCGACGGCGCCCGAGACGCCUCCUCGAAGGCGAACUACUAGAGACUACGACGACGAGAAGCCGUCGAGGCGGCGCUCCUGGCGGACCACUGAUGUUUCCGAGACGAGCAAAUUAAGAGCCUUGGAAAGGCGAUUGGGCGCGGCCGAGGACGCCCUCGACCGCGAGCAGCGGUUAAGGCAGAAGGCUGAAGUGGCGUUGGAGGUCGCCCGAUCAGAAAGGGGCGUCGCCGAGGCGCGCGCCGCGAAAAGACAUGACGUCGACUUUGAGAAGAAGACGCGGGCGGUCCGGGACGAGGUGGAAAGGGUCAGGGAGGAGGCGGCCGAGGCGCGCCAAGCCGCUGCAGACGCGAACGAGCGGGCCGAUGCCGCCGACGCGGCGUUCCGGGCCGUGUCCGAGGAUUUGCGACGCUGCGAAGAUGAAAGGACACAAGAGCGGGAAAAAGCGGAGGAAUUGGUGGCCUUCGAGGCCGAGCAGAUCGCCCACUUGCAGGAGGAGCUCGCGUCGCACCAGCGGCGGAGUACGACGGACACGGCGACAGCGACGUCGCCUCGAGGAACGGCGUCGCGGACGACGUCGCCGCGGACACCUAUCAUAGCCUACAACCCCACGACGGCGACGACGCCCGCCGCCUUGGAUAUCAUGAGCGCCAUCGACGCGUCGUUUUCGUGGCUGCCUAGUACAACGGCGCCGGCCUCGGACGUGCGCUCAGAGAUCGCGGACCUCCACGCCGAGGUGAGAAGGCUGCGCCAGACGCCCCAGGCCAACGGGACGGACUUGCGCAAUGAAUUGAGGGAGUUGAGGGACGAGGUGCGCGCGCUGUCCGGUUCUCAAGCCGACGGCGACUCUAUCAAUCAACACGCUUCAUCAUUAUUCGGCGACGACCCCCUCGCGGGGCCCCAGUGGCCCGACGUCGGCCGGAGGGCGACGCCGGCGAACGCGUCUUCCAAAUCGCGGGCCCAUUGGUCAGUCACGCCCGCGGCUGGUGUGCACUCUCCAGAAUCUCCCAGACGGCGCGCGCCGCCGCGGCGCUUCUCCGAGCGGAAGCGGGACGCGUGGCCGCCCGAGGAGUCGUCCGUGCCUGGUUUGUUCGGGGACGACGUGGUGGGGCGGUAAGUGGCUUUUCUUUAU